AUGUCUGCCGACGUGGAAAAAGCUGCGGAAGUUACUUUACGACCUCCUGACGGCAUAGGUCAACCAACGACGGAAAGCGAAUCGAUCCAGAUUAUUGAUGGCCAAGAAGGAAACUCUUCAGUUCUCGCUGAUUUGGAGCAUUUAAACGAAGAACCGGUUGUAACAGACGCGGCGAAUACCAGUGAAAGCAUAGCACCUAGCGAAGUUGAAGCACCCAGUAAGCAGCUUGAAGAAUCGAUAGAAAAUUCUGCUGUGCAACCUGAAACAAAUGUAACACUUGAGACGAACGAGAGUGCCACUCAAGAGCAGAGUAUUGUUCAGGAGUCCGAAAUUACAAGUUGUCAAAAAUUAGAGGGCGAGGCGGUUACAGAAGCAGAAUCGGGUGCACAAGUAGAACAAGGUGAAAGUGCCGAUGUUUUGAAAGAUGAUCAAGCGGAUAACCAAAAAGGAUUUGACGGGUUAACGCAUUGUUCAGACACUACCUGUACUUACUUUUUGGACGACCAUGGCAAGGUGUACUCGGUUGAUAACAAUGGCUAUUGGUAUAUUCAAGAUGACUUUGGCAACUUCACACAUUUUGACUUAGCGCGUGGGCAUGGACAUUUGUUCCCAUUGAAUGAAAAAGGAUUUCCAACUUUGCCGCCAAAUCCUCAUGGAGAAUAUACUUUUCCGUUUGAUCCGAACCAUAUGCCCGUCUUUCCCUUGGAUCCUAUGUCCCGUUUACCUAUAUUUCCGGUCGACGAAUACGAUAAUCCAGUAUUUCCUAUCGGACCAUAUGGAAGACCAGUCGUACCAGUUGACCCCAAUGGACUUCCAAUCUUCCCUCGCGACGCCAAUGGCCAUUUUAUUUUCCCCGUUGGACCGGAUGGGAAAACCGUGGCUCCAUUAAAUAUAUUCGGUGUUGCGGUUCUUCCCAUUGACGAGAAAGGCAAAGUUGUAAUCCCACGAGAUGCUUCAGGAAGGCCGUUGAUUCACUUAGCUAGUGACGGCAAAACACCGUUGACUGAUGAAGAGUAUCAUUAUUCUUUGCAAUGGAACAACUAUUACGCAGGUUUCGAUCAGUAUUACACCAAUCAUGUGCUUGCUCCUCCUACGCCUACACCAGCUCCUCCAGUACCUGCCCCAAACGUAAAUGAUCCUGUGAAGCAAAUGAAAAUACUUCGAAAGGUUCGCCCUGAAGAUAUUAAUUUGCCGCCAAAUGACCCGCCAAAACCACCUCCACCUCCAGUUGAACAGACAGCGAAAGUCGUUGAAGAGAAACCUCCGACACCGCCCGCUAAAGAUUUACCUGACGUUGCUGUAAAGGCGAAAGCGAAAAAACUGUUGGAAAUGCAGCUUAAGUUUGCUCGGAGAAAAAAGCAAGAGCCGGCGCAGGAGGAACCAAAAGAAAAAAAUAGUCCUGGUGAGGAAGAUAAUAAAAGAGAGACCGAUAAUACGCAAGCAGAUGCGUAUGAAUCAAGCAUUAUUCCUGCUCAACAGCCAGCAAUGCGCGAGCCGGAUACUUCUCUAAGCCCUAGUAAUACAAUGAAAGUUAACUUUGACCCAUCCAGGGCAGGUAAGAUUGAAGGUACAAAGGAAGAAAUGAGUAGUAGUGGAAGUACUUUUGUUGCUCCAGCACCAGUUCCACCACCGCCAAUGAUAGCUAAGCAGUCAAAGGAAACGAAUGUUGUUCCAGUAGUUUCUGAAAAAGUGGAGACGACUGAAGUCGUUGAGAAAGAGGUUCAUUUAGAAGACGAGAUUGCAGCAAAGCUGAAGGAAAGAGUUGAUUCGAAAAACUUAUUGGAACGAAAAAAGUCUUCUGAUACAUCUAAAGCGAGUUUUGAAAUGAGGGAGAAACGGAGCAGAAAAAGAAGCCUUGAGAGGGAGGACUCGAGAGAUAGGGGUAAGUCAAGCAGAAAAUCUCGCAGAUCUAAUUCGAAAAGAACCAGCCGAAGAUCCGGUAGCGAAGAACAGUCGUCGCGAACUCGAAGCCCCUCUCGCUCGAAAAAUUCACAGAGGAAUGGAUCUGAGCGUGAAGUGAGGGGGUCAUCUCGCCUUAAAGUUGAGAGAUCGAGAAGCAAGAGUGCGUCUUUCGAAAACAAGAAGAAAGCUUAUCGUCGGCAUUCAAGUGUGCGUACGCCUGACGAACCACCGUCGAAGCGAAGGAAGAGCAAUUCAAAUUCUUCAGAAGAAUCAAGAAAGUUAAAGUCAAAGGAAAGGAAAAUUGAUUCCAAAAAGUCGAAAAGAAGCAAGAAGCAUAAACACUCUCAUCGGAAGCGUUCCAAGAGGCCUAAGGAUGAAGGCAGUAAUGAUGAAGAUGUUGAAAAAGAAGUUAGUGUUACAGACGAGAAGCAGUUUGUUGAGGAAUCUUUUCCUACGUUUUCGCCACAUUUACAGGUUGACAAAAAGAGGAAGAAAAAAGAAAGAAAGGAGAAGAAGAAGAAAAAGGAUGACAAAUUAGGCAAUGGCGAACCCGAGAGCGGAGAAAAUAGUCCAGUAAAAGAAUCAAGGAUUCCUGAAGAGAAAAUCAGCAUGCAAGACAGUAGUUUGAAUGUAGAAAUUCCGGGGCGUGAAGAAAUUCCUGAAGCUCCGUUUUCUCCGGUUGGAAGUACGAAGGGCCAAGGGAACAAAAGCAGCACUUUUAAAUUCAAGGAAACUUUUAGCGUCGAAAUGGUCGACGGGAAAUUCAUUUGCGACACAGUAGUUUUCCCUCAUAUAAAGUACACAUCUAAUCAGGAAAUGCAAGAAAGUUUCCUGAAGUUGAGGCAGGAUUUCACCACUUUCCAGCGCCACUCGUCUUCGGCAAAUGUUGGGGCGAGUACUUCGUCUUCUGACGAAAAUGCUGCGGAACCGCCAAAAACUGCCGGGGAGGACGAUACUUUCAGAAAAGGAGCUGAAGAAAUCGACAGUAGGAUAGCGAAGGACGAAUUUAUUGCAGCCAAAACAGACGAUCCCGAGGACGACACACCGAUCGAGUCUGGGGUUGAAGGUGUAGAAGCUAAGAAGAAGGACUUGGAUUUGGCUGCAGAAGAAGAGGGAGGUGCGAAGAACUCAAUGUAUUUAAAUUUGGAUAUGGGUGGUCUCGCCAGUGACAUAGAAGUGAGGAGUAGCGUGACUAAAAAGGGCAGGAAGAAGGAUUUGGUGAGGGAACCGGAGGAGCAGGACGAUGAGGAGGAAUUAUGCCGACUCAGAUAUGAAGCAUUACGCAGUAAAACCAAACAUUUGAUGAACGAUUUGAGAACAGAACGGCGUCGCCUAAAGAGAGAACGUGUGCGUGCUAUUAUGGCAAUUCGCCGUGCAAAAGGAACUGUUGGCAAUGGCAGCAGUGGUGUGGUAGUGUCAGAUUCGUCUGGAAGCAGUAGCAGUGAAACUUCAGCUUCAGUGAAUGAUAGUGCGGGGGGCUCAGAUGUUGCGCAGUUCGGGGUUUCGGAGGGUGCACAGGCGCUCGCAGUAUAUUGGGUUGAGGGUGUAGUUUGCAUUGACAAUGGGGUUUUUUUCUCCGGGUGUUUGGAGGAGGAAGGCGGAUGUUGUCUUGGCGGUAGUCUAUCCUCUAUCACUUUUUUAGGGACCACUCAUUUUUUGAUACUCCAUUCGCAGUCCCAUUGGUGUCGGGUUUUGGGAAGUGAAGUGGUUGAUGUUAUUACUGGUGAAUCCGUACCAGAUAGACUUAUUGCUUGUGAACAAGAAGGGUACAUGACAUUUGAGAAGAAUGGUCAGUACUAA